CUUUUUCUUCUUCUCAUCCUCCCUUAGAUAAUCACCUGCGAAUAAAGUCUCAAUUUGUUGCCAAGCAAAGGCCGAACUGCUCCCGCUUUUAAGCUCAGGGCACUGCGGGGAACUGAUCGGGCCGCUAGGGCCUCUCCAAACCAUAACUCAAUUUACCUACAGCUCCAGCUGCAGUUGAGUUCCAGCUCUUCCCGUCACCAUGGAGCUGAGGGAUUACCCUGAUCGCGAUCCCUCUUCACAACACGCGCAAUCGGAUUGGGAACUCACGAGUCCUUCUAUCGCUAGGAAACCUAUCGGGUCCGUCAAGCAAACCUCGCCGUAUACUUCCCCCGACUAUUCGACCUCGUCCUUUGCCCAGCGCGCAACUCAUCACCCGUAUCUACAACGGCAGACCACGACCGAUACGGCCUACUAUGGCGCUUUGACACCGUUGGGAAUAUGGGAGCCUGCAUACCCUCACACGCCAGGUACCGGUCGACCUCAGAACUAUAGGGAGGACAGCAACGCUUCGCUCUUGAUGGCUGGCGAUCUGCCGAAGAACAGUCCUCCCGAUGUACCUCAAGGCCCUCCUGGUAUGCCUGGUGCUCCUGGUGUCCCUCCGAAUGGCCCUCCUCGAAGUAGACUGGUAAACUGGUGGAUACAUGAAUGGAAGCCGUCAUGGAGCAUGUACGUCCUCGUCUUCUCGGGGAUCGCAUUCGCCGUGGGCCACCAUUUCUACUAUCGGGGACUUCAUGGACAACUUGCCAACGACCAGCAGGGCAAGUUUCGAUACGGCGCUCUAUUAGCCUUUCUUUCAAAGGCCUGCUUUCUCAAUGCCGUGGUGCUUGCUUUCCGACAGCGCGUCUUGAUGAUGAUCCGUCGCAAGAUGCUUACGCUCUCCACUCUUGACUCGCUCUUCGCGGCCUCCGAGGAUCUGACAGCCCUUCUCAAUUGGGAGGCUUGGGUAAACGCCAAGUUCGCAAUGGCGCUGACAAUAUUCAUCUGGACGUCGCCUCUAAUCGUCAUUUUUACGUCUUAUACCCUUACUGUCGUACCGCAACGGAAGGAGGAAAUAACACGCUGUCAAAAUGUUCGCACUCUCAAUUUUACACAUGAAGAGACUGUGUACUGGAGAAACCCUGUCAGAGUCGAUGGCUACUUUGAGUCAUCCGUCUCCUUGUGGAAUUCCACCGCUCCGGCGGGAGAAGAACCUGAUAAGAACAAACCCGAGGAGUUCGACUAUUUCACAGCAUCGAGUCGUCAAUUUGACACUAUCGCUUUAAAGACAGCAUACACGCAGCAGGCAAUCAUGCGCCCGAAAGCGCCUGCGGAGAUUUGCGGUAGAGGUUGGAAUUGCUCUUAUACCAUUGAGUUCAUCGGUCCAGGAUACAAAUGCACAGAUUUGGCUUCGGGAGUGAAUGCCAAAGUCAAGAAAUUGGGUGACGCAGAGUGUCCCUUUGACACAUCAGUUCUCGCUCCCAUGGGAAACCUCACAUACUACGCAAUGCUGGACCGAGGGGAUUACGAGAACCCUCAGAUGGUCGCAGAAGCUGGCGGAAGACCUAAGGCGAAACCGCCCUACCCGAAGAACUUUGCUGCCUUCCGGACAGAGCCCAUCCUCUGGUUCGGUUACGCUGAGGUUGACGACAGAAGUAAGCCGCAGCCCGCGAAGCCCCGAGAGGGCGACUGGUACAAAGCCUACACCCCCACCAUUUUUGGCUGUGAGCACUACCAGACCAAGUACAAGGUUCAGUUCAACCACAGUGGCGGGGUUCAGUAUCACGAUGUCAAGGAGCGUAAUUUUCUCAAAAAGGUCAUAGAUACAACCUUCAUCCCCGAUAAGAAGGACCCCGAUAAGAGGCUGAAGGACCGGACCGUGGCGACACCAAAGGAUAACUAUGUGUUCCCGAAUGACACCAAGAAUUAUCGCUUGACAGCCGCUUACCACGCUGUGGGAAGUCAAUUGCGGGCCAUUUUGAAUGGUACCACCACAAUGCCCAACUUCAACGUCAACAGCGAGAUUCUCCAGACGAGAUUGCUUGACCGUCUCAAUUACCUGCCAGUCGCGAACUUCUCCCUUGAGGUGCAAAAGUUCUAUGAGGAGAUUCUGGUCUCAUUCCUCUCCGAUCCGCAAAUGUCUGCGGUGUCUUGGGCAGCUGACCCGUCGAAAUACUCAGGACGGUUCGAUAGUGGCCCAGACUUGGAUUAUCCCUGCGUUAGAUGGCAGAAUAGGAACUGCUUCUUCUACAAUUAUGCGCAGUUAUGGGCCGUCUACGCGUUAUCCAUGGGUAUCACCAUUCUCGCGGUGGCGUCUGGCGUGAAUGCCAUGGAAGAGGAUGCUAUGAUGCGAAGCCUGAGCUUCUCCGCAAUUCUCGCAGCCACGAGAGCUUCGAGUCUUGAUAAACUUCGAUGGGAAAAGGAAGCUGACGUCAAGAGUAGCAAGAUUGGAUUUGGAAUUGUGUCUGAUCGAACUGGCGAGAGGACUUACUCUUUCGGCGUCGAGGGUGACGUGAGCCAGGAAAAGGCUAUGUCCACAGGGAGGUCACCUGGUCUUUCGGUGAUGAAUUGGGGAGAUAGGGCGGCGCGCAGAAUGAGUUAUGCGAUGGUGAACAGGAGGGACAGACAGGAAAUUUAGAUGCUUUUCUUUUCUUCUGGAUGGAUGGGUUCUGGUACAGGCUGGAGCAUUGUUAGCGUAUGGCAUUGAAGCAAAGCACAUUUGGAUAUGAGCGCAUAGCGUUGGAUAUUUAUUUAGUGUCACAAACCAACUUUUUAAUUUACGAAGACAUGACC